AUGGCCCUCAACAAAUACGGCCAACCUCUCUUAUGCAGAGCCUUAUUAGACUCAGGUUCGCAGCUACAUUUCAUAACUGAAUCUUGCGCUUCACAGCUUGGUCUUGAGCGCUCACGGACUGAUCUGCCCAUCAGCGGUAUUGGAAACUCCACCUCGACAAUACGUCACAAAAUCACUACGUCCAUAUACUCACGGUUCAGUAAAUUUUCUAAAACAAUUGACUUUCACGUCUUGCCACAAAUUACUGGCAACCAUCCUGAUAGCUUCAUCAAUGUCGACGAAUGGGAUAUCUUAAAAAGGCUUGACCUAGCCGAUCCUCAUUUUUAUCGUCCGAGCAAAAUUGACAUCCUCAUCGGAGCGGAGCUACUCUUCACUAUCCUGAAACAGGAACAGUAUCGCCUUGCUAUCGACCUUCCUAUCUUACAGAGUACCGAACUUGGAUGGGUAGUCGCUGGCAAACUGCAAUCAAAACCUCUGCCGCUUUCACACUGCAACAUUGCAACCACAGCACUUCCCACACUCUCUUCUCUAGAAAGGACACUUCACAAAUUUUGGGACCUAGAAGACUACAAGGCUCCGUCUAAGACUCUCUCCCAAGAGGAAGAAGAAUGUGAGAAACACUUUAAGCAGUCCUUCUCACGAACAAGCUCUGGUCGCUUCAUUGUCCGUCUUCCAUUUCGACGAAACCCGUCACAACUCGGAAACUCACUGAACACAGCUUCUAAAAGAUUCAAAACGCUUGAACGCAAGCUCAUCUCCAAACCGGAACUGCAACAGCCUUACAGAGCAUUUGUUAACGAGUACAUAAAUCUUCACCACAUGCAAGAAAUUAAGACUAUACCAACCUCAAACUAUUUUUUACCACACCACUGCGUUGUCAAACCGGAUAGCUCAUCCACAAAACUCCGAGUAGUUUUUGACGGUUCGGCAAAGACUUCAACAAAUCUCUCUCUAAAUGACCUGCUUAUGGUUGGACCAACCGUACAGCCCGACUUAUUUACAGUCUUAAUCAAUUUUCGCACAUUUGCUUACGUAUUCAUGGCAGAUAUUCGUCAGAUGUUUCGACAAAUUCUUAUUCACGAAGACGAUCGAAAAUAUCAAAUGAUAGUUUGGCGCAAUGAGCCGAACGAAAUUCUAAAAUACUACCUCCUGAAUACAGUGACAUAUGGCACAUCAUCUGCUCCCUUCUUAGCCACUAGAUGUAUCGUUCAAUUAGCAGAGGAAGAAGAGGCUCAAUUUCCUAAAGCAGCCCAUGCGGUUUUAAAUGGAGUCUAUGUAGACAAUUUCAUGACAGGAGCUAAUGACCUCUCAGAAGCUAAUCAACUUAAGAAAGAUAUCAUCUCAAUCUUAGCAAAAGGGCAGUUUGAACUCAGAAAAUUCUGUGCUAAUAACGACCGACUUUUAGAUGACACUCCAGAAGAACAUAGAGAGCCCUUUGUGAUCAUAAAUAAUUCUGAGACAAUCAAAACUUUGGGAUUGAUCUGGCAACCACAGGAAGAUCUUUUCAAAUUCAAUUAUGUACCAGAAUUUCACAAUCAGACUUCCAAAAGGACAGUGCUCUCUGAUCUAGGUAAGAAUUUCGAUCCUCUUGGCUUAAUCGGUCCAAUCGUCGUAAAAGGGAAGCUGUUCAUGCAACAGCUCUGGAAAUCUAAACUAGGAUGGGACUCACCACUACCAGAGGAGCUUAGCCUUCAAUGGGAUCGCUACAUUCAGCAGCUAAAUGAAGUCAAAUUCUUGUCCUGCCCUCGGCAUCUUCUUGGUCAAUCAGAAUAUGUUGACAUCCAACUACAUGCAUUCUCGGACAGCAGCGAAGCCGCAUACGGAACGUGUUGCUAUUUACGUUCACUAAGUCGUUCAGGCGAAGUAAACUGCCAGCUCAUAUGCUCCAAAUCACGCGUAUGUCCAAUAAAGUCGACAAGCCUACCUAGACUAGAGCUCCAAGCAGCAGUCAUGAUGGUCGAGUUAGUUGACAGGCUAACAAAAAUACUCCAACUCAAGAUCAACGAUAUUUUCUAUCAUACCGAUUCGCAGAUUGUUUUAGCCUGGAUUUCCCAACCAUCAUACACAUGGGUUACAUUCGUCGCCAAUAGAGUAGCCAGAAUUCAAGAACUCUCCCAAGCAGAGCAAUGGAGACAUGUUUCUGGAAAAAUUAAUCCGGCAGAUCUGAUCUCAAGAGGUUGUACAGCUGAUACCUUACAAUCAUCAUCUCUCUGGUUCCAAGGACCAAGCUUCUUAAUUUCAAUGCAUGAGAGCUGGCGAGAAACAGCAAUGCUCAGCUCUUUUGAAGAAAUCCCGGAAAGAAAAUCAUCCAACAAGGCGCUCAUCGCAGCACAUCCGCAAUACUACAGCGUAAUGCAAAACGUAAAAUACAACGAUUCACUCCCAAAACUAGAGAGAAUAUUCGCUUACGUAUAUCGUUUCUACAAUAAAGCACGAAAAAUUCAAACUACUGCGGUACUUUCAACUCUUCCCACUGUGGAGGAAAGUAAUCUCGCCCACAACGGCUUAAUCAUAAAUAUGCAACUUCUUGAAUUCAAAAAUGAAUUCAAUCGCCUUCAAAAUUCUGAACAAGUUGAACAAACUAGUCGUCUUCGAAAUCUUUGCCCAUUUAUAGCCAGAGAUGGCUUGCUCAGGUCGCUUCAUGCAGCUCCACAGGCACUUCUUGGUAUAAUUCGUCAAAGGUACUGGCCUAUAGAUGGACUAAACAUGGCUCGUCGAGAAUUCAAUAAAUGCCAACGCUGUUUCCGUGUCAAACCAAAAUCAGUAGAGCAGUUUAUGGGCAAUCUUCCACCAGAACGGGUAUCACCAGAAGGUCCAUUCCUGACCACUGGCGUUGACUUUUGUGGCCCCUUUAAACUACGCUACCAGCCAAGGGCUCGAACAAUCAUUAAAGGAUACAUCGCUGUCUUCGUCUGCUUCACCACUAAAGCAGUCCACUUAGAAGCAGUCGGAGAUCUAACUACAGCCUCGUUCAUCGCAGCACUCCGACGAUUUAUCGCCCGGCGCGGCCUCUGUCGUACAAUAUUCUGCGACAACGCAACCAACUUUGUCGGCGCCCGAAACGAGCUCAAAGAACUAGCGAGAUUAUUCGAAAGUGAAAGCCUGAUACAGAUUAAGGAAAUCUGUCGAGUGGACCGAAUCGAGUGGCGUUUUAUUCCUCCAAGGUCACCUCAUUUCGGUGGUCUCUGGGAGGCUGCCGUCAAGUCUGCGAAGUACCACUUCAUUCGAGUAGCAGCAAAUGCGAUUCUUAACUAUGAAGAACUAAACACUCUCACCGCUCAAAUCGAAGCAAUUUUGAACUCGCGUCCAAUUACACCGCUCUCAUCAUCACCGAAUGACCUGGAACCACUCACUCCAGGCCACUUUCUCAUAGGACGUCCGUUGACAUCCAUACCAGAACCCUGCUUACUAGAUGCUAGUAUCUCGAGGCUCACCAGGUUUAGACGGUUACAACAAAUUCAGCAACAAUUUUGGAAACGCUGGUCUCGAGACUACCUCCUUAGCCUACAAGAACGUACCAGGUGGUACAAAAAAUCUGAAAUUCUCAAAGCAGGCACAAUCGUUCUCAUACAUGACGACAACUUACCCCCAUACAAAUGGCUUAUGGGACGAAUCCUCAAGACUUUCCCUGGCUCUGAUGGCAUCGUACGUGUGGCUGAAGUCAAAACCAAACUUGGCAUCUAUAAACGAACAGCCAAUAAACUCUACCCACUUCCGAUGUAA